AUGACAGCCGUCGAUGCUGCUGUGCGCAGGAGGCUGUGCUGUCACUAUCACGUUCCCGGUCCCUCUCGAACGCGGCCUCAGCACUCAUUCUCUGCUGUGGGCGGUGGCAAGUCGCACUCUCGACGAUACGCCUUCGGCAACGUGACGAUGCAGGGAGGGCUCCAUGAUGGGCCGACACCGCCUCUGUGCAGCAACGUGCAAAGCAAAGAGAUCAGCGAGCAAUGCUGCUACAGUAGCUGCAAGAUGAUCGUCCGUGCAGAGUGGCACAAACACAGCCUCGAUGCAGCGCGCAGUGACUCGAGGGCGCGUCUCGCCGCGCGCGAACCGCGAUCCGCCGUGCGGUCACCUCGACACCAGAUCGUGCCGAGCUGGUUCGCCCGCGAGCUGGGUCGUAUGCUGUCCGCUUGUGCAGGCCGACGGAAUGCGCAGAUCGCUACGGCGUGCGGGCCGUCGGGUUCCUCAGCUCAGCAUGUGCUACCCCAGGUCUCACACUGCGCUCAAAAUGGCCACAGCGUGCGACUGCGACAUGUGACGUGCGAUCGCAGCCUUCCAUACGAACCGAUCCACAAGAGGAAUGCGGGGGCCUACUAA